AUGGGGAGGAGUGUGCACGCCGUAGUUCUGGUACUGGUGGUGGUGGUGGCGCUGGCGCUGGGAGGCGCCGGGCUUGCCUCGGCCGGCCUGAGCGCGAGUGAGUGCAGGCGGGAGAGGGUGCUCGGGCUCAACGCAUGCAAGUCGCUGCUGUUCUGGCGGAGCCCCAGCCCGGAGUGCUGCCUCCGCAUCCGCGUCUCCCACCCGGAAUGCGUGUGCCCCGUAAUAACCCCCAAGCUCGCCGCGCUCGUCGACGUCAACCGCCUCAUCAAGAUCGUCCGGGGCUGCGGGCGCCCCGUCCCCUCCCACUACAAGUGUGGAAGUAAGUACGAACCAUAGAGCAAGGUUCCACGGCGUCUUCGGGCCUUCCCCUGCUCCUGACACCUUUCUCUCCUCGUACUGUUUGUUUUCAGGCAUCACUACUCCAUGA